GUCUUUUACUUGUUCCUCUUUGAGGGCGUGUCCUGAGGUCCUGUGACGUGUACAGCUGGGGAGCUUCUAAAUUCGGAGCCACAGACAGUUCCAUGUAAUCCGCGACUAUACACGUGACAAAAAGACUGACAAAACGAGCAACAUGAAGGGAUUGAUGGUUCAAGUCAGCCGCACUUUGGGCCGCGCCGCCCCUCUUCUCCGCCGCAGCAUCCACUCUGGAACGCGCCCGGCUUCCACGGCGACCUCCGCGCGGAAGGCCGAGCGUCCAGUGACCUCGGAGGACAUAUAUGCACGGGAGGAGAAGUAUGGAGCACAUAACUACAGUCCUCUGCCCGUUGCCCUCGAAAGGGGAAAGGGCCUCUACGUUUGGGAUGUGACGGGGAACCGCUAUUACGAUUUCCUCAGUGCCUACAGUGCCGUAAACCAGGGGCACUGCCACCCAAAGAUCAUUGCUGCGCUCACUGAACAGGCGUCCAGACUCACCCUGACUUCCAGAGCGUUCUACAACGACGUGCUGGGGGCCUACGCUGAGUUCAUCACCAGCAUGUUUGGCUACGACAAAGUCUUACCCAUGAAUACAGGGGUGGAAGGGGGAGAAACUGCUUGCAAGAUUGCACGAAAAUGGGCUUACAGUGUGAAGGGAGUUCCUAGAAAUAAGGCCAAAAUCAUCUUUGCAAAGGGAAACUUCUGGGGCCGCACCAUGGCUGCCAUCUCCAGCUCCACUGACCCCAGCAGUUAUGAGGGUUUUGGUCCCUUUAUGCCCGGCUUUGAACUUGUUCCAUACAACGACAUUCCUGCUUUGGAGAAAGCUCUUCAAGACAAAAAUGUUGCAGCCUUUAUGGUGGAGCCCAUCCAGGGGGAAGCAGGUGUGGUGGUUCCUGACCCCGGCUACCUGACUAAAGUCAGAGAACUGUGCACAAAAUACAACGUUUUGUGGAUAGCUGAUGAGGUCCAGACGGGCCUGGCACGGACCGGUCGGCGCUUGGCUGUGGAUCACGAGGGAGUUCGUCCAGAUAUAGUCAUUCUAGGAAAAGCGCUCUCUGGAGGAGUUUACCCUGUGUCUGCUGUACUGUGUGAUGAUGAGGUGAUGCUGACCAUCAAGCCCGGGGAGCACGGCUCCACAUAUGGAGGAAAUCCCAUAGCCUGUCGCGUUGCUAUUGCAGCACUGGAGGUGAUGGAGGAAGAGAAGCUGGCGGAAAAUGCUCAGAAGUUGGGAGAGGUGCUGCGGUCAGAGCUGAGCAAACUGCCCAAAGACAUUGUGACCACAGUCAGGGGGAAAGGCCUCCUCAACGCUGUCGUCAUCAGAGAGACCAAAGACUACAACGCCAUGAAAGUCUGCUUACGCCUUCGUGAUAACGGACUACUGGCCAAGCCCACCCACGGUGACAUCAUCCGCUUGGCCCCUCCUCUCAUCAUCAAUAAAGACGAGAUGCAAGAAUGCAUCGAUAUCAUUCAGCGAACCAUAAUGUCCUUUUAAAUAAGGAUUCGUUAUCAAAAAGUAAAAACAAUCCACGUUUGCUUUAGCUAAAGCUAGAUUAGAGUAUUUAGUUUCAGUUUUUAUCUGAAAAGUAGGAAGUUUGUUGACAAACCGACUCUUAAAUACAGACAGCUGGUGUACAGAAACGGCCUUUUCACGGGCUGCUAUUGGAAAGAAAAUCAUUUUAUUUUCUUUGAGUGUGGAAUUUACAUUUUUGCUUUGGCAUGUCCGUUAAUUCUUUGUUUUAAAAAAGUUAAAUUUUAAUAACGAGAGAAAAUGUUUACCGCUCAAGCAUGCAUCAUUUAGUUCAAGAUGGGGUUUAAUUUACUGUAGCAAAGACUUGAAAGUGAACCUGAGAGAAAAGUGAAGGAUUGGAAACUUGCAGAAGAGAUUCUUUCUCCUCCUAUUUGACAUUAACAGAUUUUACUACUAAUAUUUAGGUUAAGACUUGCUCGUCUUGUUGACUGCAUUCAGCGAAGUUGUUGUUUGAGAGAUGUUGUUACAAGACCAAAAAGUCAGGAUAGAAAUUUAUAUUACUUUUAAUAUUUAUGUCCUGUAAAAUGUUUAAAAAGAGUUGCAUAAUUGCACAUUUUUUGUAAUCUCUAAAAUACAAGUUGCUUUAAUUUAUUAACUUACCUAAACUUAUUGUGUGCACAGAUAAUUUUAUUUUUUGUGAAGUUGUGUUGUUACACAGAUAAAAGACAAUUAUAGCUGAAUUUCAGCUGAUUUAAAAAACACAAAUUUUUGUGCGGCAAAUUGAGUAAUUUGGUAUAUCUAUUUAUUUUGUUGAAUAGAAAUGACAAACUGUAAGGAUUGACGAAUGCUUUGUGAGCACAUGGUGCUGUGAACGACUGUUUUCAGAAUUUGCUGUUUGUACAAAAUAUGAAGGUCAUCCAGAAAAGUCUAGUCUCGCUUUGCUGAAAUGUAACUCAUCCAUGGUCGAAUAAAUGAUUCCAGUCACGUGGUUGGAAACGGAACUAAA